CGUCGGCGGCCACGCGCACGCUCACGCUCGCGUCGGCGGCCACGCGCACGCACCGACCGGCUCGCGUCCCCGCCGGGAAGGGCUGCCGCGCGGGAGGCUGCGGUCGGCUGAGGUGUGCCCGCAGGUGUACCCGGAGCCGCCCCGAGAUGUCGUACAUGCUCCCACACCUGCACAACGGCUGGCAGGUGGAUCAGGCCAUCCUGUCGGAGGAGGACCGCGUGGUCGUCAUCCGCUUUGGACACGACUGGGACCCCACGUGUAUGAAGAUGGACGAGGUGCUGUACAGCAUCGCGGAGAAGGUUAAAAAUUUUGCAGUUAUUUAUCUUGUGGAUAUUACAGAAGUGCCUGACUUCAACAAAAUGUAUGAGUUGUACGAUCCGUGUACUGUCAUGUUUUUCUUCAGGAACAAGCACAUCAUGAUUGACCUGGGUACUGGUAACAACAACAAGAUCAACUGGGCCAUGGAAGACAAACAGGAAAUGAUAGACAUCAUCGAGACUGUGUACCGGGGCGCCCGGAAGGGCCGCGGCCUGGUUGUGUCUCCAAAGGACUACUCCACGAAAUACAGAUACUGAGCUCAGCCCAGUCUCCGUGCACAGAAGUGGUGCAGAAUUGUUUUCACAUGGAAAUAUUUGAAACUAUUUAAAGCCUUAGAGAAAGCGUUUGGAAGUGAAUUCAAAGCUCAAGGACUUGGAGGGUCUUUGUAGUAAGGGUUGCAUGGCAUCAACUCUUUGCCUGUCUGGCCAUUGUAUUUUUAUAUUAGCAAAUAUUUGUAAAUACCUAGCUGACACGAAUAAAGUACACAGUGAUGGAAAGUCAUAA